CUCUGUCACUCACGGUCUUGUCGGGGCGUCCGUGCCACUUGCAGAACAAUGUGGUCUAUCAAACAGUGCCUGGCUGGCUGAAUCCACCCCAAUUGGUGGGAACAACCCGAGAGAGUAAGGGAAACAAGGAUCAUGUUGACCCAUACGCCGGGAUUCUACCGGGUUGUGGGAGCGCCUGUCCCUGCAUAUAUAGGGACUUCACUCAGCUUCGCUACUUUUGCCCCAGCUGAUCAACAAAAUUCCCUCACCACCCUGCCGCUAUGUCGGGCGAACAACACCCACCCCGUCAUGGCCUCCCAAGACGCCUAUUAGCCGCCUUCGUCGGCCACCAGGAGCCUACUCUUCCAACAGUAGCACCCCAUGGCACCCCUAGGAUGGCCAACCAGAGUGAAGACGUAGGAUUGCCAGCAGAAGCACGUGCAAAGCGCCUCGCCAUCGCGAAAACAGAUGCAAGCGCGUUAAUCCCACCAAACGACAAGCUUCUCGUGUUCCGUGCCCUAACAGGCAUAGACAGCAUCCCGACGCUAAACACUCUCCACCAUUACCACCGUACUGCACCCAACGUGGGCAUCUACACACGAGUGAUCCAAGCAGAACAAUUCACUGUCCAGCGAUAUCGCUUCUUCAGUAUCCUUAUCAACACCUGUCUGGGAAUUCAGAUCGUCGUCGCAGCGUCGCUAACAGCCCUCGGGGCCGCUUCUGGCCCGCACUCUGCGGUGACCGCGUUUGGUGCCAUCAACACGAUUAUGGCCGGUAUCCUGACCUAUCUCAAAGGAUCUGGUCUGCCAGAUCGACUGAAGCACUACCAGAAUGAAUGGCGCAAUAUUCGUGAAUACAUUGAGCAGCGAGAACGCGAACUCUGUCUGGAUGGGUGCGAGCUUGACGUCCAGGAGGAGAUCCAGUACAUCGAAUAUCUGUACGAAGGCGUUAAACGGGAAAUUGAAGCAACGAAGGGUGGUGGCGAGAGUCGCGCGUCGACAAACCAUGGCCAGCAUAAUCGAAGGUCGUUUUUGCCUUCCCAACCGCGCAGCCAGGAUGCUUCCAGUCGUGGUCCUGUGACGAUGCCAGAACGGUCAUGUGAGAAGCCUUGAUGUGGUUAAUGCUUGUAUAUGGUGUUGUGAAGGAUUGACUGUGAUAUCUUUAUGAGUGUCUUGGUUUUGUCAUUGUUAUCUGAUGUUUAGUAGGAUCUUAUAU